CGCUGUGCUCACUGCGUGUCUGGCCAUGCAGCCCCAGCGAGGGUGCAGCGCUGAUGUUGGAAGGAACGAAUGUGGCUGUGUGACUCAGCCCGGCAUGCUUUGUCUACCUGCCAUUGCUUCUGCGCACACCCACACACCUCGCUGGGAGGGUCGUUGCCAGCAGUCAAGUUUGGGCCGAGGGAUCUCUGUGUGCCAAACGUGGGGAGUUGCUCAGAGACAGCAGGGCGAGCUGUGGGAUGUGCCCAGGCCCUCGGGGUUGGGACCACACAGUGUUUGCUUAAGGAGCCCAUUUCGUGCCGUGGACUCGCUGGGUUUGUCUCCAGCUCGCAUUCCUGGUGGAGGGGCCGUGCAGGUGGGCGUGCAGCCCUGCGCUGCUCGUCUCCAUCCCAGUGAUGUGCCGGGGGCUCCAUGCCAGGCUUCUGAGCAGCUGAGCCGGGAGAAGACAAAAUGUUUGGGGGAAAAAUGAGCAGCCUUGGGAAAAAGCUGAUCCGUCGGCGCGUGGUGGAUCUGAGCUCCGAAGAGACGCGCUUUGCUCGCUGCCUUUCCACGCUGGACCUCAUCGCCCUGGGCGUGGGCAGUACGCUGGGUGCUGGUGUGUAUGUGCUGACAGGGGAAGUGGCCAAGGAUACUGCUGGCCCAUCCAUCAUCCUCUGCUUCCUGUUGGCCGCGCUGUCAUCGAUACUUGCUGGACUCUGCUAUGCCGAGUUUGGAGCCCGUGUCCCCAAGACUGGCUCUGCCUACCUCUACAGCUACGUCACGGUUGGUGAGAUAUGGGCUUUCACCACCGGCUGGAACCUCAUCCUGUCCUACGUGAUAGGCACAGCCAGCGUGGCCCGAGCCUGGAGCGCGGCGUUCGACAACAUCAUCGGCAACCAAAUCUCCACCUUCUUCAUGAACAAGACCGCGCUGCACCUGCCGGGGGUGCUGGCCGAGCGCCCGGACUUCUUUGCGUUGAUCCUGAUCGCGUUGCUCACUGCACUGCUGACCUUCGGCGUCAGCGAAUCUGCCCUGGUGAACAAAAUCUUCACGGCGGUGAACCUGCUGGUGUUGGCCUUCGUCUUCAUCGCCGGCUGCAUCAAGGGAGACAUCAAGAACUGGCAGCUCACGGUGGAGGAUUACAUCAACCUGACGGACUCAGACGAUCCAGAGGAGGUCAGAAUAAAAUCCUUCGGCUCUGGUGGGUUCGUCCCCUUUAAGCUGGAAGGGGUCCUGAUGGGUGCUGCCACGUGUUUCUAUGCCUUCGUGGGUUUCGACUGCAUCGCCACCACAGGGGAGGAAGCCAGGAACCCACAGCGCUCCAUCCCCAUUGGAAUCAUCGUGUCCCUCCUUAUCUGCUUUGUGGCCUAUUUUGGGGUCUCCGCGGCCCUCACGCUGAUGGUGCCCUACUUCCUGCUGAACAAGGAGAGCCCGCUGCCUGAGGCUUUCAAGGCGGUGGGCUGGGAGCCUGCCCGCUAUGCUGUUGCCAUUGGCUCACUCUGUGCACUCUCCACCAGCUUGCUGGGCUCCAUGUUUCCCAUGCCACGUGUGAUCUACGCCAUGGCGGAGGAUGGGCUGCUCUUCAAGUUCCUCUCCAGAAUCAACAGUCGCACAAAGACUCCUCUCUUGGCCACCAUCACCUCAGGGAUGCUCGCAGCGGUGUUGGCCUUCCUGCUUGACCUGAAAGACCUGGUGGACCUGAUGUCGAUCGGCACGCUGCUGGCUUACUCCCUGGUCGCUGUGUGUGUGCUCAUCCUCCGGUACCAGUCUGAGCAGCUGAACUCCCCAAAGGCCAUGGAGAUGCUGGAGCUGAAUGGGAAUGAGGAGGAGAGGGUUGUCAUGAACCCAAACAUCGCUGCCACGGGCACCAAACAGAAGGAGACGCUGUCCUUUGCAGCACUCUUCAGUCCAUCUGCAGACACUCCCACGGCGCUCUCGGGGCGCAUCGUCUACGUCUGUGCCUCAAUCAUGGCUGCGCUGGUAACGGCCAUCUGCGUGGUGCUGACUGUCGGGGCGAAUGCGCUGAAGGAGGGCAGCGAGGUCUGUAUCUUGGGCCUGGUGGUGCUCCUCGUGUUUCUGCUCAUCGUUACCAUCAUCAUUUGGAGGCAGCCACAGAGCAAUGUGCGGCUGAACUUCAAGGUACCUUUCCUCCCACUCCUUCCACUCUGCAGCAUCUUUGUUAACAUCCUGCUGAUGGUGCAGCUGAGUACCGGCACCUGGGUGCGCUUUGCCGUCUGGAUGGCUGUGGGUUUUUUGAUAUACUUUGGCUACGGCAUUCGGAACAGCGUGGAAGGGAAAAAUGCAAAAGAGCUCCGAAGUUCCAGGACUGAAAACCCUCUACACCACCCGGGGAUGGAGCUCAGCCCUGGGGCUGCUGCAAUCUGAGAGAGGUGGUGGUGGUGAUCAACAUCAGUACUCGGAGGACUGUCAGUAUUGGGACCAAAGACUGCUCAUCACAGCCACCCUGUGGGGCCUGAGCCCAGACUCUGCCGUGCGCUGCCCUUUCCCCUCACCGAGCAGCGGUCGUGGAGAGGAGACCCCGGGCUGGGGGAAUGCUUGUAGCCCGGGGGCUGCUCCCUGCGUUCCCACCCCGCCGAGGGGCAUUGACACCAAUACGGCCGUCCCAGUGUGAAAGCUGCUGUCACAUCCUGCUCCUCCUGCCCACGAGACACUCCAUGUGAUGGUACUGCUGUAUUUGUGUCAGUGCAGUCAUGACUGAGAUUGGAAGCGCCUCAUCCUGGUACUGCCCAGUGCCCCACAGCCCCACUACGAUCCCAUGCCCGUGCUGAGCCCUGUGCUGCUGGACUCAUGUUGCUUGGUGUGAGCAUCACACUCAGCUGCUUGUGAUGAUGUCUGCAGUGUAGACAUGAGUAUCCAACCUUGUAUGCCUUGGCACAAUUGGGGUUUUAGUGUCAGUUUUUAUACUUAUUGCAGUCUAAAUGGUUUGGGGUUUUUUUUUCUUUAACUGCUUGGCUCUGUUGGUUCAGCUGCAUCUCACUUCAAUGCCUGCGUCCUGCAGGCUGAGCUGGGGGCUGGCGUCAGUCUGUCCUUGUGUCUUUUGCCACCACGGGCACACACCGAUGGGAAGCAGUGCUGUAGGGCGCCCAGCCCCAUGCUCCUGGUACCGGGGUGUGGGCCAGCAGCAGGCUGGGCCCCGUGCCAUGUGGCAGUGUGUCAUCGUGUCCCAGCGCUGCUGAAAAGACCUCAGAAAUAGCCUCUGGGGCUCCCGCUGGGCCUGCAGGGGAGGCACGGCCAGGAACUGGGCCGCAUCCCCGGGAGAAGAUGAUUUCCCAGAUUCCGGCCUGGUCUCAAUCAGCCCUGACAGAUUAUUUUGUGAAAUAAAUAAACUAAUUUAGGGCAGAUGGA